AUGGCUGCACAGCACCUGUAUUAUUCCUUUGCUUUGAUUGAUCCCUCAAACUCGAAGAUCACCACCAUGAAAAGCUGGGAUGAGGAGUUCUACUCCCAAUUCACUGCCCUCAAGAAGCGUAAACCCAGCCUGAAGACUUACAUUUCCGUGGGAGGCUGGGACGCUGGUGGAAAGGUCUUCGACAUGGUCCGGUUUCCGGGAACUAGAAGUGCUUUUAUUAAUUCCGUUAUUGAGCUGAUGGAGAAUAUCCAGCAGCGGAGGAUCGGGAUACGUUUGCCCCAGCGUGCUUUUCAUGGGAUAAUACUAAAAACGCUUAUCCUUUUAGAGGGAGCUGCCGUGGAUACAAAGAACUUAGUGACAUUUCUAAAUGCCCUCAAGUCCGCCUGCGAUGGCAAGUAUGGUGUUACACUCACAUUGCCAUCUUCUUUCUGGUACCUCAAAGGCUUUGAUAUCAAGGGAAUGAGUGAGUACGUAGAUUGGUUUAAUAUUAUGAGUUAUGAUAUCCACGGGACUUGGGAUGGAAAUAGCCGAUGGACUAAAUCGGUUAUCAACCCUCAUACCAACUUGACUGAAAUCUCCGCUGGGCUAGAUUUGCUGUGGCGGAACAAUAUCGAUCCUUCCAAAGUUGUUCUGGGACUGGCCUUCUAUGGCCGAUCCUUCACCUUGAAUGACCCUUCCUGUAAUACACCUGGAUGUGCCUUCAGCAAUAAUACCGGGCUAGGGGGAGCCUCUUUGGGGGGUGCGAACCCAGGAAAGUGCACUCGAACUAGUGGAAUCCUAUCUGACUACGAGAUUGCUCGGGUGAUCGAUAACUACUCUCCAGAAGUGAUGCAUGAUGCGGAGGCAGGUGUCAACUGGAUUACCUGGAACUCCAACCAGUGGGUUUCUUUCGACGACGCACGAACCUUGCUCCAAAAACGGGAUUUGGCCAACUCGCUGUGUCUCGGAGGCACUAUGGCCUGGGCGAUGGAUAUGGGAGGCCCCGGCACUCUGUCGGCUUUGAGUAAACUGGAUCCCGGCGCUGGGAUGGCAGGGGCCAGUCCAGAUGGCAGUGACAGUGGUUCCGGGGACGUUUACAUUGGCCCGGAGAUCUACGAGGGGAAUAACACUAUCCAUUGUGUGCCUCCAUGCAACUUAAUCUUUCCCCCAUAUAGCCUUCCCAGUCCGACGACGAUAGUCUUCCCCCCCUAUACCACUUCUCUUGAGGUUGCCUGGCCCACCACCACCGUUACGGCCACCCUCGAAGAUGGGUCAGUUACCACCUCCACUGGGUAUUCUCGCACCGUGAAGACCACUACAUUAACCAUUCCCCCGGUCACUACCGACAAGAUUGAUGUCUGGAAUAAAAACCUUACUAGCUUGAUUGAUCGGACUUCCUUUAUUUUGCAAAGCAGCAUUCUUCCUCCUCCUUUCUACAUUACAAAAUCCCCACAAGCAACCGGGACGCGCGCCAUCACAGUGCCUCCUUUCCCGUGGUCCACCAUUACUCACCCUUCCGAGAAUCCUCUCCCCACUGUCACAUUUAUUGAGGGCCCGCCGGCUCCCCUCUGCACCUCUGGAUGUGGCCAUAAGUGCCAUCUCUUCUGCAACGGGAUCUGCGAACGCGACUGCGAUGGUGGGGGUAGGGACUUCAACGAUCCCGAUGACCCCGACCCCCCCGCGAAGCCCGGCUGCCGCGGCCACGACUGUCACCAUGGUAAAUGCACCGGUCCGCUUUGCAUUUAUGUCGGCUGUAAAGGGGAUCACUGCUCGCGUGGGAUCUGCACGGGGGACAAAUGUCUGGUAACGGCCUGCAGCGGUAAUGAUUGUGGCUCCGAUGGACACUGCUCCGGUUCUAAGUGCCUGACCUCUGGAUGCGUCGGCCGGGACUGUGGUGGCUCUGGCCGAUGUUUUGGACUCGAUUGCCUCUCAUUUGGAUGUGUUGGGCCAGCCUGCAGCCAUUCCAGUCGCACAUGCACUGGAAGGCAUUGCCGCACGGUAACCUGCUCGGGGCCCAAGUGUCGAUUCGGCAUCUGCGAGGGCAAGGGAUGCAGAAGUGGAGGACGUGAGGACGGUGAUGGAUGCGAUUCCGAACAGACGGCCCCGGGUUGCACCGAAUACGUGCGAAGCUUCCUCGUCCGUCCAGCCAGCACCGUCACCACCACCACCUCGACUCGCUGCACGACCAUCACCGCUUGUUCCGCCGAACCGACCACCACCACUACCACUCUCUCGAGAAAUGGGCCCAUGGUGACCCAAACAGAGGGUCUGUUCCCCGCGGUUGCAAACCACGCCAAAAGGUUAUCCAUACAGAAAAGUCUCUUGAGUGAAUUCUCUAAAUGGGAUUCGAUGGCCAUGUCCAAGUCGACAACCACAAAAACAACCGAGAAAACCACUUCCACCAUCACCACCACCUCGUCCUUGCCGACGGCAUCGGAAGUCUCUUAUGACUGUAAAGGAUCGGGUCGAUGCAAAACGUUCCGUAAUCUCCGAAAGUUUUGUGAUAUGGCCAAGGGAUUCUUGGUGGAUGACACGCUCUACGGCACCAAGGACUCCAACUCAGACUCAGGAACGUGCUAUACCGACGGCAAGAACGCCGGGUUUGGCUGCGGCAUCUUUGUUAAGGGCAAAAACUGUGAAAUGACUGGCAGUCAAAUGGCGGCGGCAUACGACCAUCUGCAUCAGGAUACAGGAGGAGGGUGUGCAAAAUGUGGAUCUGUCCAUUUCUCCGAUGGCUGUCUGUUGACAGUGAACUACGUCUCAGGGUGCCAGCGUACAAACGGUCCGCUGGAAAGAGUGCCUGGGCUGGAGGUACAUGAGUCUGAUGAUCUCGAGGACUCGCCGCCGUCGAGUAGCCUCGUCUAA